AUGGUAGAUGACCAGUCGGACUUUAACUCACUAGGAGAUGUUGUAGCUAAGAGAAAUGCAGUCACAUAUGCUGAAGUGUACAGACAUCAGAAACCUGAAGAAGGCAACCCAACAGACACUCCUGCCUCUGGUCCCAGCUCCCGGCAUUCAGGCUGGAUGUAUGUUUCCAUAGUACUGGGGAUACUUUCGCUGAUUCUGCUGACUUCCAUUACUGUCUUGUCCUACCGAUCCUUGAGUGGCAGUACUUACAGUUCAGAGAGUCCCUCCAAACUGAGUACAAAUUCUGUGGGUGAUUGUACAUGUCCAAGAGAAAAUAGGACUGGCAAGAGGUAUUUGAGGACACUUCAGAUGCUCAUGGAAGAUCUCUGCAACCAUAAAGAGGAGUGUGACCUCUGCCCCUCUGACUGGCAGCUGCACAGGGGCAGAUGUUACUACUUUUCAAAGGAGUCAACUGAUUGGGACGCCAGUCGGAUACACUGCUCCGCCAACAGGUCCCAGCUCCUCGUUGUGGAAGAUGAGGCUGAGAUGGAAUUUAUAGAUAACAAAAAAGAAAAAAAUAAGUUUAUCUGGCUCGGACUGACCUUCAGAAAGAAGGAGAAUCAAUGGAUUUGGCUCAAUGACUCACAAUUCAAGGGACACAGGAAGGUGGAAGUAAAAAGAAGAGAACCUGGGAAAAACUGUGCUGUUUACAAGAAGGAAAUGAUUGAAUCUGAUGCCUGUGAAACAAUGCACAGAUGGAUCUGCAAGAGAAAUGCAACCACAUUGGCCCUAUCAAAUACUACAAGCUCAUAGGCCCUACCCUAUAUCGGAGAAACUGAGACAUUUAAUUGUAAAUAAUCACCAGGGCUUUCAGCUGCAACCCGAACAGUCUUGCUUGCACUGAUCCCUGGACCGCUAGAGGGAGGGGGUGUUAUAAGCCUGAACUCUGUUUUCCAAUGCUUUGACCACAGCAGGUUUGCUGCAGGGACUAUUCAUAUAAUAUAUGUUAAACAGGCUUGGGACAGAAAAAUACAUAUAGCCCCUGGAACAGGGACCAGGAACUAGGACUCCCCUUCCUAGCCAAAUGUGCUCCCCAUAAAGCUGGAAUCAGGGUCCCACUUUGCGCAUACCCUCUCCCCCUCCUUCCUUUCCCAGUAAAUGUGAUUUUUUUUUCUGCACAGUGGUCCCAGCUUUAGCAGGGAGAGGGGGUGAGGGGGAAUGGUGUCUCCUAAGCCUAACCUAUGGCCUGCUGGCUGGCUCACCUCUCCUAGGUGUCACUGUCAGGCUGAGGAGGGAAAUGAACAUUGACACUCCUCUUCCUGGGUGGCUUCUGUAAUCACCAGUGCAUGACCAUUGCAUGGGUAGCACUGCCAUCUCCAUCUCUGGUUGAAAAGGAAAGCAUUAGCCAUGCCCGCUCCUGUGACAGACUGGUUGCAUGUGCUUGCCCAUAGGGGAGUACUCCAGGAAGUGGGAUGAAGGAUCCUCACUGCAAGCCUGCACUGUAGAGAGGGGCAGGGUUUCUGGGCAGCUGUGUUCUGGGGCACAUUGUAUUGGGAGUGCUAAGGGGCUUCAUGCUCCACAGCCCCAGGCUCUGGGCUGACUGCUCUGUGGAAGCACAUCGUUCUCCCCAGACAUUAUGCAGGGAGCCCAGGCACCAGCCCAGGGGUCAGGGGCUGCAGCCCCCCUCUGCAGAUGCCUCAGCUCUUAACAGGAUCCAGCCAGCAGUGACUCAGGAAAGAGGGAUGGUCUUUGAAACAAACUCUACACUGGGCUGGGAAGACCUGGGGUCAGUUCUUUCUGCUGGCAAAUCAGAGAUACAGAUACAGACACAGACAUAAACCUGGAGUUCUGUCCAGAUUAAAAGUGCUGCCAACCAGGACAGACAUCUUAUAUCAUUGUGUUGUCAAAAAUGCAGUGCUGUUAAAUACAAAAUAUUAAUCUUGGAUGAAAUAAGUGUACUCUUAGAUGUAAUUAAUGCAAAAAGGCUUGAAGUGUUAGGAGAAGCUACAUUUUGGUUUGUG